UUCAGGUAAAGAUAAACAACGCACCUUCCCUCCGCAGCAAACAGCAUUCAUCACACUGCAUUCAGACAACGGUAGGAAUUUUCUGGUUUUGUUAUUGCUUUGAAGUUGCUGAGGAUGAGAGCAUUGAUCCUCUCUCUGGUUUUACUGGCAUCUCUGGGGGCCUUUCAUUGUGCCCCUGAUACUGCCCUGCCUCCGACAGCCAACACUCUCAAACGCCUGUCUCUGGAAGGGGAGAAGCUGGUGGAUCAGGAGCUCAGCAAGGCACUGUUUGGGAUCAAACAAAUGAAGGAGGUGAUGGCCAAGAAUGAACAGAAGCACGCAAACCUCAUGAAGUCCCUCAGGAACAGUGGGGAGAAGAAAAAGGGCGCAGCAGAGAUCGCACAGGAUAUAGAAAAGAAGCUGAACGAAGCUGAACAGCAGUGUAAAGAAUCUCUGAAGUCCUCCUGGGAGGAAUGUCGACCUUGUCUUGAGGAAACCUGUAAGAACUUCUAUACCAACACCUGCCGCAGUGGAUUCGCUACCUUCACCAAUAAACUCCAGAACUUCUUCCAAAGACUGAGCUCUCGCUUUGGCCCUCGUGAUACUCAGGAUGAGGUAGUGCUGAACCAGAGCGCAGAGAAUCCUGACCUGGAGGUGGUGAGGAUCGAGGACUCCUUCAGCAGCCUGCUCACCAAAGUGGGAACCCUGGUCAAUCGCAGUGUCGCGCUGGUCUCCCACUUCCACCGUGAGCUGGACCAGGCCCUACGCAGACCUUUCAACCCCGAGCUUCAGGAAGAUAAAGAGAGUGAGCUGGUGCUCAAGCCUGCCAACAAAGCUCUGGAUUCCGCCUUUCUGGAAGGUGUGGGACUGGAAGAUGUGCUGGAGUCUUUCUUUGAUUUUGGCAGAAGUGUGUUGGAGGAGUUUGGGGCCGUUGUCACACAAGCCUUCGGUGACUUCCAUGAUGCUGUUGAGAAGACUGUAGAGGAGAAAGAGAAGAAACGCUUCCCUCAGUUUCUGCAGAACAAGAGACUGUGCAGAGAUCUGCGCAGACAGUCCUCAGAGUGCUGGCAGCUGCAGAGCAAGUGUGAGGCCUGCCAGGGAACCCUGUUUACCGAAUGCCCAAAUGUAAGAGAACUACACAUCGAGUUGGAUGAAGCCUCUCAGCUGUUGGAAGCAUCCAAGCAGCAGUACGAGGAGGUUCUGGGCAUCGUGCAACGUCAUACUGAUGACACCAUCAGCUGGCUCGGCAACAUGGCCUCGGACUUCGGUUGGGUGGCUGAGCUCGCCAAUAACAACACCACUCCUGAAAGCAUCUUCAGCAUCGCAUCGGUGGUGGCACAGACUGAGGAGGACGACGACACCCCAGAAGCAGAGACUACAGUGGAAGUGAAUAUUCUCAACUCCCCCACUCUCACCCUGACCGUUCCUGUGGGUCUCAGGCUGCAGGAUCCCGCCUUCAUCCAGUAUGUGGCACAGGAGGCUCUGGGCAUGUACAAGCAGAUGGUCAGGCAUGAUGAUGUAUAAUCUACAAGUCAUCAGCUUUCAUCCACUGGUACCAUCCUAUAUCAUAUGUAUUUAUAUUUUAUGCAUUGUGUUAAGUUUAAAAAUCAAGUAACGGUAAGUACUGUCAUUUAUUUGUGGUCUCAUCACGUGACAAGUUCCAGUUAGCUGCAUUUGUAACUUAUAUGUAUAUCUUACUCAUAUGUAAGUUCAUGUAUUUAAGGUAUAAUUCAAAUAUAUAUCACAUUAUUGUAAACAGGUAUUACUUAAUCACUCCUUAAAAAUAAUUUUCUUUUUAGUGCAAAACCAUUUUUUAGUUCAGGGCUCACUAAACUCGGUCCUGGAGGGCCGGUGUCCUGCAGAGUUUAGCUCAAACCCUAAUCAAACACACCUGAACCAGCUACUCAAGCUCUUACUAGGUGUACUUGAAACUUCCAGGCAGGUGUGUUGAGGCUAGUUGGAGCUAAACUUUGCAGGACCGAGCCUGGUGACCUCUGUCCUACUUUAUUACAUCAGUAUGCCUUUAUGUGUUCACAUGAGGAAAUCUAAAAUCUAUAAAGCAUUAUAAAGGUUUAAUUGAAUUCUUGAGCAUGUUUCUAUGGAUGCCUGCUUAUUGUAAUUGUGAGAAACUUACUACAAGAAAUAAAGCCACAUUGUGAGAGAUGCA